GAGUCUCGGAUAUCAGCGGCCAGUGGCAAACCGGCUCUUUCUCUCGAGGCGUCCGCGCACACAGCCCCGAUGGAGUCCGCCGGAAAACCCGGGAAUUUGGGGCCCUCGGGCUUCCUGGUGAUCCCGAACGGCAGUUCCUUCGAGGCGUACGAGUACGAGGUGGAGGGCCGGAUCAAGCCCAAGUCGUCGCCCCUCCCGCGGCGCCGCGGCUCGGAGUCUCCCGACUCGGACGACUCGGCGGGCGAGCCCACGCCGUCCCGCUCGCGGAAGGUGUCCUUCGCCGACGCGUUCGGCCUCAGCCUGGUGUCGGUGAAGGAGUUCGACCACCGCGACGUCCCGCCGCCCGCGCCGGAGGCCCCGGAGGGGGCGGGCGCGCGCGACGCCGCCGAGGAGCACUUCCUGUCCUCGCUCUUCACCGUGCCGGCCUCGGCCGAGGAGCUCCUGGGGAAGCUGCGGGGGCAGAUGUGCGAGCUGGAGUGCGUGGAGCUGCUCCCCGGCACCACCUCGCUGCGCGGCACCGUGCGCGUCCUCAACCUCAGCUUCGACAAGGCGGUGUACGUGCGCACCACGCUGGACGGCUGGGCCACGCACUUCGACCUGCUCGCCGAGUUCGUGCCGGGCUCCAGCGACGGGGAGACCGACCGCUUCAUGUUCAAAAUCACCCUGGUGCCGCCCUUCAAACGGGAAGGAGCCAGGGUGGAGUUCUGCCUCCGCUACGAGAUUCCCGGCCGGACUUUCUGGGCCAACAACAACGGCAUGAAUUACGUGUUGUUCUGUCACAAAAGGGCAUCCAGAGACGCGAAAGACAGCCAGCAGGACGAUAUCAAAUAUAAGAACAAGAAGAGCUGCCUGAAGAGCAAGGACAAUUCCAGUGAGAGGACUUCGCUCCUCUUUCCUGGAGAGACAGCAGAUGCACCCAUACAAAAACAGGAAGUGGUCGUAUCCAUGGUAACCCCCGUACCACACUCAGAAGGACUCCAUGAAGAUGGCGCUCAGACAGCACUGGUGGAUAGUUACCGUGACUACUCUUGGAGGAGCAGGCGGAGAGCGGCACGUUUAGCGAGGAUGAGAAAUCCAUUCUACCAGAACGAGGGAGAGGGAGAGGAUGGAGUUGGAUCUGGGCAGGAAGAAGAGGAGGGCAGUUAUGUGGAGGAGCCGUUGGAUGCCAGCACACCUCCUCACUGGGAAACCGCCUCCGACCUGCCGGGCCUGCCCAACACAACUCAGACGAACGGCACAGAGGAAGCACAGAAACAGGACCUGAUCCCACCAGCAUCGCUAAAGUCUGAGAGAAACGACAUCCGAAAUCCAUUCAAAGACUGGAGUAGAGAAAAUUCAGACACUGCGUCUGCAAACCUCCAAGAGGUGGAUACAGGUUCGUAUCACCCCAAGGUGAGGACCUCUGCUCUGGGCAGCUGGGAAUCCUGGAAUACGUUUGUCGAUUUCGGGGAUGCCUGGGCGCCCAGUCGCAGCUCAACGACGGCACCAGAUGAAGGGGCGUCUCAGAACGCUGCCUUUGACCCUGCGGCUUAUCUGGAAGAAGACACUAGCGAGUGGUCGCAAUCAAGCAACGGUCCUCCCGCGGAAUGCUCCAAUACCGAAAGCCCAGCGGCGAGCGGCGAUAGCGGGGAAAACGCAUCGGAAUGCCCACAGACGGACAUCGCUGACCUGCACACAUCGGAAUGCCCACAGACGGACAUCGCUGACCUGCGCGGCCGUGAAAUGGAGCCCGGAAAUUGGCCCAUCAUUAAAGACGGCCGGGGAAGCGACCGGACACCCGCCGAGAGGGACGCCGAGCGUGACAAGCGUGGCGUAGGGCACGACGGACUUUGGACGGAGGCCGCUGAGGUUUGGCAGAGGUUUCCCUUCGACUCGUACUUAACCCCCGUGGCCCGGCUCGAGAGUUCGGACAUCGGUCUAGAAGCUGCAUCUGGUGACCUGCUGAAAACAGACACUGGCGCGCCGAGACGCAAAGAGCUUGUCAAAAGCCAAGGUGCUGAUUCUAGACCAACGGUCGGGCUCGAGAGUUCGGACGCCGGUUUUGAAUCAGUGUCUGGCCACCCGCCAAACACAGACAUAAAUACACCAAGACACAAAGAGCCUAUCAAUAGCCAAGACGAGGGCCCAGUAAACCACUCCAAACCCCCACAGGAAACCGGGAAUACUGACUCAGAGGUGAUUGUGGAUGAGGGCAUUGGCCACGCGGCUGAAUGUGUCAAACACUAUCACCGCCAGCGGGUUAGUGGAGGGGACGCUUUUGGCGGAGCUGCUGAUUUGGCACUAAACUCAGAGGAGACAGGCACGCAGACAGAGGUGACAGACAUAGCAGUCGCCCAACAAUCUCGGAGGCCCGAGCCAAUCUCACUCAAUGAAUUUGACAACAGCUCUCCCUCUUCAGCGAUGAACUCUGGGAUUGAUGGUAGCAUGCAGGAACCAUUCAGGAGCUGUCUGACCUUCACGCUCUCAGUCAGGGGAAAGGGGGACAAUGUGAAAGACAGCGAUGAAGACGUGUGCAGAGCUAGGGGUGACAGAGAGCAAGACGAUUCAAAGGAAAAUGUAGAAGGUACAUAUAAAGUUGAGAAGGAAGCAUCAAUGGAAAAUGACAACAGUUUCCAUGAGGAUGAAGAAGAUGUGACAGCGGAGGAGACCACAGACCUUAGUGGAAAAAGCAAAGAAGACGCAUUGGUGGAAAGGGGAGAUCUCCGUGGAGAUGAUACAUCAGCAGAAGACAGAGAAGAUCCUUCAGAGGAACAGAUGUUAAUCGACUACGAAGAAGAUCUUUACGAUGAAGAGGACAUAUCAAUGGAAAAUGAAGAUGACUUUUACGAUGAAGAAAAUGAAGAUUUCUAUGGCCAAGAAGAGUUGCCAAUAAGCACAGAAGAGGAACUUGAGGAAUCAAGAGAAGAGGUGUCAAUUCUAGCAAAAGACUUUGGUCUAGAGCAGGAAGACACGUCAGCGGAAACAGAAGAGGAUCUGGAAGUUGCCCAGAUUUUAGGAGGAAUGAACAAAGCCCUGAGCAAAGAAGCUUUGUCAAUGAAAAUGGAGGAAUCGGACAAAGUAAAGAAAAUUGAGACUUAUCAGCAUAAAAAAGGAAAUGAAGAACAUACACACAGCAAUAAAGAGGUGAAUAUCACUGAUGGAGGCAAAGUAUUUCAUGAAGAGUUUAAGAAAUGUUGGGAAGUAGGUGAGGGUUCAUGCUGGAGAAAGGAAGGAUUAGUCCAAGAUGGAGGGACAGAGGGAACUCUCUCCACACAGCCUCAGCCAGACAAGGUGACCACAGGCCCAUCGGUUAGCUCAGUAAGGAUACGGCCUGCAUUUCUACCAUCAACAAACAAGCCAAAACACCCAUGGGAGCCUGGUGAGGCCAGAGAUGUUCCUGGCUCCCCUCCGGCAGACUUGGACCCUGUGGAAGAACCAGGAUAUCGCACCACAGUCCACCUACCACCAGUCGAAAAGGUGGAAAACGUCGCCAGAAAUUACCUUUUGUGUUGGUGGGACGUGUCAUCGCAUAAUCUCUCGAGGGUCUUCCUGUACGCCCUCCUGUUUUUGGUCUUCUUAGUCACAGCAUUUCACUAUGAUUUCCUGGCCUGCUUUGCCGUUUACCUGAUAACCGUGUACUGGUUUUGCUUUCACAGGGAGAACGGAAUAGAGCAGGCCAGAGGGCCAUAAAAAGUUUUUUUUGCUCUUUCAUAUUUAUGAAGUGUUUGAGGGGCCCACCACCAAUGAAAAGUGACAACCAAGCUUAUUCAAGAGACUGAAAUCACAGCAUGGCAGGGAGGUGUGAAACUUUGUUUCUGAAAUUUUCUGAACUUUAAUUUCUUAAAACUUUUGAUUAACUAUGUAAUAAGGCUUGUGUGAACUGAAAAAAAUAAGAAAACAAGUAGUCACAGGAAUCAACAUAAAUCAUAAGGAGUACUGGAAGGAAGUACAUAACUACAAUUUUUACCAGUCGUGCUGCGUGGAUUUCAUUUCAUGAGUUCUUUUGUGGAUCUUUUUUUUCCAGGUGAAACCAUAAAUAUACUAAAUAUAUUAAACUUUUUAGGUACGUUUUCUAACUCUAUAGACUGAUGAAUUUCUAUUCAAAUCAUUUAAUGUGUCUCCAAAACGUGAUAUUAACACAGGUUUACAACAAAUUCAGGUAAUUACAUAACAUGGAGGUAAGAAAAAGCAAUGUUUUGGUAAAAUAAUGGGGAAUUAAAAAGUGAACAGUUUGUAUAGAUAUGAUGUUCUCUGUAAAAAAUGUUUAGGGGCCCACAAAGAGAAUGCAUCAUCACCUUUUGCUUCUUAAAGGUUCAUGGAUACAAAAAUAAGAAUGAAGCCCUGAAAUCCGGAUUUGAUACAUAUGGAGUCCACAAUAUAUAUAGAGGUAUACUCAGGCUUGACCUCCCAAAUUUAUUUUAAGUUAUUCAUUUUCUUUUACAUCUGUACAGAUCAGUUGACAGCUAGUGUAAUGAGGCCAAGGUCAAUGUCCCAUUCUUCUUGUCAAUUUCUAUAGCCAUGCCAUUUUGUGCCUACAGGCAAGAUAAUGCAUGCCUAUUUAGAUAUGAUUAGAGAUAUUUACCAAAUACAGGGAUGAGUUUCUCUGUAUCUGUAAAUGGCAACAACGCUCUUACAAAUAAAAUUGUGCACCAUCUACACAAAGGGACAUAAUGUACACUGAGAAAAAGGAUUGGUCCUAGUAUAGAUCCCUGCAGGACCCCACAAGUAGUGAGAGAAAACUGGAGACAUAUUCUCUGUAUUUGCCACAGAAAACUGAAGUUUAACCCAGGUUCCAUGAAUUAGUCCAUUAAGAAUACUUGAUCAAUAGCAUCAAAGGCCAUGUUCAUGUCUAAGAGAACUAAUUUAGAGGAUGUAUAGGAAUUUGCAUUACAUAUUUUACUAUGCUUUUACUCACACUGGCAUAGUUUCAGUGCUGUCGUUUGAGUGGAAAUGUUUUGUUCAGAACUUGCAGCUUGAAAAAAGUUUAAGAAACUGUGUGUGAAAAGGAUGUGUCAGUCCACAACAGCUUUUCAAUAAGCUUGAACUGCCCCAGUGACGAGAGGUCUAUUAGCACUGCGCAACGAUUUGGUCUUCACUGUACACACCCCCAAACACUUAAGAAGUCCUGUUGGAAUGAGACUCGGAGGACAGAUUGAGAGGUUUAUCUGUAUAACACUUUCAGUGAGCUCGGUGGCUGUAAAACCCAAUGGUGCAAAUUGAACUAUAUAACUAUAUGACCAGAAAGUGAGAUGUUGUUAAUCUUACCAUUAAAUGGACAUCUUGUCUAAUAAAGAACACGGAUGUGCGAUUCACCGCAAACAAUUCUAAUAGGCAAGUGAAAGAUUGCUUGCAUAUUUUCCCUCCCAAUCUUAUUUCUCAGCUCUCAUUGCUAUAACCUCCACUAUGGCUCAGACAAGCUUGACAUGAAGCUGAACUCACACAGACGUGAGGCAGAGGAAGACUGUUCAUGUGGAGCUUUACAGGAAAACUUGCAGGCAGCCAGCAGGGGGCGCUGGUAUAAAAUGAGAUGCGAUCACCCUGGCCAACUGAAACCUUCGUAUCCCUGGGAUGAUGCUAGAACCAAUCGCACGUCACCCUGCUCACAGUGUGGACAUAUGAGCAAGUGUGUUUUUACCCUUCACUUCAGCCAGCUCACCAAGUGCCUUUAAUACAGUGAACCAAUCUAUUCAAAACCCAAGACUGAAAUAAGGUCGAAGGAGAAUCUCCCUAAUAUCCAAAGGACCAUAGGAUGAAUGUAUCAUCAGUAUCUAUGCAACAAAGUAUUGCUUAAUGAUUAUGUUCAAGGAAGUGGUUACCCUAGCCAUAGACAUUUUGCUUGUAUCAAUGCCAAAGGUUUUUUCACCACUCUGUAUCUCUUGGAACCAUAACCACACCUUGGAUAUUGUAUGCCAAUCAAUAAACAAAAUUCAUAAGUGCAUUAAACUAUUUCAUUGUUAUACAUAUUUUGUUUUUGUAUGGAUAGUGCUGUUUAUACUGAAAAAAUAAUUUGUUGUAACAGCGUCUAUGUUCAUGAGACACUUCAAAAUAUGAAGGCUGUUUCAGACAAUGAUUCACAAAACAGAAGUCAAAAGUCAAAAUGUCCGUGGAUACAGCACCCGGGGAAUCCGUCCACUGGAGGCAUCGCAUGCCCUGCUCUUAUGGUGACCUGUCGAUCAUCCCUCUACUACAGGUCGGGACGCUCCGUAAAUCACGAGGAGUGUUGGCAGGGACCGAAUGGCAGACGGAU